AUGGCCGCGGGAACUCUGGACCCAGGCUCUCUCUCCCAAUUAGUAAGAACGCCUGGCCAAUUUCGACAUUUCGAUGGCAAGGGAAAAGUUUCUGCCAUGAUUGCAUUUCGACGCAUUCGUUUCCUUAAAAACUUUAGUGUAAGGACUGUGGCAUUCUACUCUGUUGUUUCCAGUAGAAGUAGCUUGAUUCUGUCUGCAAGUAGAAGAUCACAUGUUGGGCUGCUGUCGAAAAGACUUCAGCUUGACCAAAGAAGGAUUUCCCUGACAAGAGCGUUCAGUACCGAAAGCACCCUAGAUGAGUUAUCUUACCACAGUAUCGCAGAUGAGACACUGGAUGCCAUAGCUGAGUUAUUUGAUGACCUUGGUGAAAGCCCAUCAAGCCCUGCUGACUAUGAUGUCCAGAUGAGUGAUGGAGUCCUUACAGUCAACUUGGGAGCUGGACGUGGUACCUAUGUGAUCAACAAACAAAGCCCUAACAAACAAAUAUGGUUGUCCUCUCCAACAAGUGGUCCCAAGAGGUAUGAUUUCAAAGAUGGUUCCUGGAUAUAUACACAUGAUGGUGUUUAUCUUCAUGAUCUUUUAUCAUCAGAGAUUUCUGUGGCACUUGGACAUGAAGUGGACUUUACUUCACUAACAUAUGGUGGAGCAGAUGGAAAGCUUAGUUGAUAAAGAAAAUUAACCAAUAAAAAGCUAGGCAUUCAUUUUCACAAGUUAGCUCACAAUAAUUACUACAUAAAGACCAUUACAGCUUGGAAAUCAUCUUUAUUUAUGGCAAUGUUAAAAACUUCUAAAUUAUCCAAAGCCUGUUAUCUAAUAUUAACACAGAAUGUUUGAAAAAUGUGCUGAGGAGUAGUACUCAACAAUUAAGUUUCAACUCAAUUAUUUUGAACUUAAGAGCCAAGAUUGUAAAAGACUCUACUGGUAGUAAGGGUAAUCAGAUAAUUUUUCCACAAAAAUGUCAACAGAGAAAGUGCUUAUGUGCAAAUUGAAUUUGCCUUUAUCUUAAAAAGUGAUGGUAUUUUCUUACAAAAAUAACUUGUAUUGAGCUUAGAUUCAUUUAUUACUCAAGUCCUGGAGACUAUUCCUUGCAAUAGUUUUGUCAUUUUCUUUUUUCUUUUUAAGAAUGUAAUCUUUAUACUUAAGUUGUUUUUAAUUUUGAAAUUUCAUCUCUGCAUCUGAUGAUAUUAACUAAAACACAGUGUUUGAUGUCUCUUGUAUCAUGAACAUUGUGUAUGGUUCUAAUUAGAACAAAUGCUAAACAGUGCAGAGUCAAUGUGACCAUGCUUUUCAUCGUCAAAUGGUUGGUAUCCCUGUAGUCUUGCUAUUCUGAGAGGUUCAAAGAGUGGAGAAGGGAAUGAGUCCCAGUCAUACCAACCCCAACCUAAAGACAAAAACCAAGCAAAUAAAUAAUUAACAACUUAUAUCA